AUGAGGACAAACUACUUGUUUGUGCUCCUUGUGGUCAAUGCACAAGCUUUCUGCUUCCGCCGACGGACCAACGAGGAAUCUGCAGGUCGAGAUGAUGGCAUCUUGAGGCGCAGCCUCUUCUUUUUAAACUGUGGUGAUAAUGAUGGUGAAGACAAUUCUGAGAACACUCCCCCAACUGCCGCACCAACCGAAUCUCCCACUCCUCUCCCAACAGAAUCUCCGACUCUUUUCCCAACAGAUCCUCCCAUAGAUCCUUGGGCUUCUUGUGUCAAUGGCUCCCCUCACCAUGACAAACCCAUUUUCAAGGACUUUACGCCAUGCCGAAGCGCACAGGGCUGCCCCAUAGAAAGUGAAUGCUGUAUCCAGACGUACUGUGUCUGUUUUGAGCCUGACAACCGGGGCGUUGAAUGUGUUCCAAACAGAGACAUUCGAUCAACUGUUCAACCUGUUGCACUUCAAGGAGGUGCAGAGUGGGCAGACCCUGAGAGCUACCAAGCAAAAGCCAUUGCAUGGCUCAGAAACGAUCCUUUCUCAGCUUCUCUAUCUGAUACUCGAAUCCAACAAAGAUAUGCUCUGGCAUGCAUUUAUUAUGCAACGUAUGCCAUUGCUAACAUCUAUACUGUUGUGGAACCUCGGGGGUGGAUUGAUCCGACUGGGUGGAUCAGCAAUAUUGAUGAGUGUACUUGGUUUGGGAUCACAUGUAAUGCAAACUCAGAGGUGGAGAAGAUUGUGUUGGCUUCCAAUCGCAUCACAGGAACAUUCCCUCCAGAAACCACAAUCAUGGCAUCAUCCCUCACUUACAUUGACCUAUUCAGGAACUCUGUCUAUAACAGCGGGGAUGCUGGUAAUGCAUGGUUGGGACGGCUUACAAACCUGAGAAAACUCUUCUAUGGACAGACAAACUUUGAGUACAAGAAUGGAAUCCCAACUCAGAUUUCUCAGCUGACCAACCUAGAAGAAUAUGAUUGUUCCUUCACUCGAUACUCUGGCCCUCUUGUUGGCUCCACUUUUUCACCACUUCAAAACCUUGAAUACCUCGUGUUGAGUGGAAAUGCCUACAACACUUCCAUCCCUGUUGAAAUUGGCAAUCUUUCAAACCUUAAGUUUUUGUAUGUCCAGAAUGCUUCCAUAGCUGGUGACUUGUCCUUCAUGGAGCCAAUGCAAUCUAUUAUUGAAUGCUGGGUUGAUCAGAAUCCACGGUUGGGUGGGCCUAUUCCAACAACGAUUGGCAACGUUCAAACUCUUCAGAGUUUGUCAAUCACCACGUGUGGAUUGGAUGGUCCUAUCCCUUCUGAGCUAGGAGAUCUCAGGAACAUGGUGAGAAUGUGGCUUCAUGAUAACAUGCUUACAGGAACAGUGCCACUUGAACUAGGUAACUUGUUCAAACUGCAGACACUGGCGCUGGAAGAGAACCUCCUUUUGGGUGUGAUGCCUGAAGACAUCUGUCUUAACCGAGUUCCACUUGGUUUGCUGCAAGUAUUGGAGGCUGACUGUGGCGGAGCCACCCCAGAAAUCCAAUGUGACUGCUGUACUUGCUGCGAAGGCUGCCUAUCCACAUAG